GGAACCCUACCUUACAAAGAAACCCAAGACCUUACGGAGGAAAAAAGAUUAUUUUACGUGGGGAUAACCCGAGCGAAAAAAUUACUCUAUUUAAUUAGUAGUCAAGAAUUAUACUCCCCUUUUUUGGACGAAGUAGAUAAGGA